CAUGCACUGACCUAACUAACCAGGUUGCAAAUAAAACACAGAGCUAUUCACACACUCGUUUCAUUAAUCACCGAUCGACCAACCAGCCAGACAGCUAGUAGCUAGUUGAUCCAUCGAGAUUCGAGAUCAUGGCGUUGGCACAGCUGCAGGCCCAGGCGCGGUUCGUCGGCGUGGCGGCGGGGAACGCCGGCGUGGAGCUCGAGCUGGAGGACCACCAGUCGAGGUUCGUGAACCGGGUGCGGCGGCGGAUGGAGGCUACCGCCGAGGAGCUGGGUGCCGUGGCAAAAGUCUUCGACGUGCCCAAGCUGCUCCGGGCGACUAGGCCGGAGGCGUACGCGCCGCAGCACUUCGCCAUCGGGCCCUACCACUACCAGCGGCCCGAGCUCAGGGACAUGGAGCGCUACAAGCUCGCCGCGGCCAAGCGCGCCGAGAAGCUCUUCGCCGGCGACCGCAAGUUCGACGACCUCGUGCAGAAGUUCGCCGGCAUGCAGGAGAUGAUCCGGGCACCAUACCACAGGUUCCUUGAGCUGAACGAGCAGACCCUGGCAUGGAUGAUGGCCAUCGACACGUGCUUCCUCCUCGAUUUCCUGGAGAGCUACCACGUCGAAGAGGCCACCGAUAUGGUGUCCUCGGCGACCAACUGGAUCAACGUCAUGGUUCGCGACGCCAUGAUGCUUGAGAACCAGAUACCGCUCUUCCUCUUCGCCGGGGCGCUCCAGCUCCGCCAAACCUCCGAGGAUGCCGCCGCUGACGCCAUGCGCGCUGUCCUCGACCGCUUCAUCAGGGAGGUGUGCCCCAUCAAGACCACCGCACUGGCCCUGGCUGGCAACGUCGCCAAACAUGCGCACCUGCUGGAGCUCCUUUACCACUUCCUUAUCCCCGCCUCGGCCGUCUUCGCCGAGGACGCGGCGGAGCUCCCGCCCCUCGUCCCCGAGGAGCUCCUCUCCAUGGACGCGCUCGAGCAGCAGGUCCCGGACUACGACAAUGUGAAGCAGGCGUGCAUGCAGGUGUCCAGCCUCGACGUGGCGCCGGUGCGGUUCCUCAAGAAGAAUCUCAUCUCCAAGCCGAUGAGCUUGGCGUCGAGCCUCCCUGGGCGAAUCAUGCGCAAGGUGCCGUUGCUGUCGACGCUGACGCCGAUGCUCGGGAAGCUGAUGUCCUCGACGGACAUGGAGGCGCGGCUCAAGGGCGUGAACAUGGGCAGCAUCAUAAACUCGCCGCUGGUCCAGGAGAUCAUGAUCCCGUCCGUGACGCAGCUGGCGGGAUGCGGCGUGCGGUUUGCACCGGCGCCGGAGGGGAUGGCCGGGAUCGCCUUCGACGCCACCACGGCGACGCUGACUCUCCCGGUCAUCCGCCUCGACGGCAACACGGAGGUGAUCCUCCGCAACCUGGUAGCAUACGAGACCGCCGCCGUGCGCGGGCCGCUGGUGAUGGCCCGGUACACGGAGCUGAUGAACGGCAUCAUCGACACGGCCAAGGACGUGAAGAUCCUGAGGGAAUGCGGGAUAAUCUUCAACGGCAUGAAGAGCGACAAGGAGGCAGCGGACAUGUGGAACGGGAUGUGCCGUGCGGUGCGGCCGAGCAAGGUGCCGCUCAUGGACGGGGUGAUCAGGGAGGUGAACACGCACCGGAAUAGGAGGGCGGCCGUGAAAGCGAGGAGGCUGCUCAAGCGGUACGUGUUCAGGUCGUGGAGGAUUCUCACGCUGCUCGCCGCCGUCGUGCUGCUGCUCAUGACGGCGCUGCAGACAUUCUGCUCCGUCUACGACUGCAAACGUUGGUUCGGCGGCAUACUAGAGCUGCCGAAGCUGCCAGCCACGGGCGGAGGAGGGCAGUAACCUAGCCUAGUUCAGUAUGUUGCGUGAUUAAUUGGCGUAGGAGAAAUCGCUGUUGUGUGUGCAUAUUAGAUUGGGAAUUGCUAUUUGUCAGUAGAAUGAGAAUUAAGCUAGUGCUCAGUAUUUUGAUC